UUAUUUUGUCACAUAAGAUAAUGAAAUACAAGCUAUAUAUAAUAAAUUCAUAAUAUAUGUGUAUUACACACACAAUUUAUCAUUGAAUUACGUAAUGCAGAAGAACCUGCUUCAAUCAAAAGAAAUAGAUCACAAGACUCCUCUAAUACUUGUAUGGGUAAAUUACAAUCUAGAAUGUCCACUUUAUAAUUGAUUAACCUCACUAUUUAUUUAUGACAAUUUUAUGCUGCAUGAAUUCUCUAAUUGAGUAAAAACUAUUUUUUAAUAAAUAUUCUUUAAGGAAUGCUUUAAAUUUAUAGAGUUCCUUUAUGUUUUUGAUUUCUUUUGGCAAUUUAUUGUAUAUCUUGACACCUUGGUAAAACAUAGUGGUUUGGGUUUUAGUUUUAUUCAUUCUGUCUAGGUAAAAGCAAUUACUUUUUCUGGUUUGGUGACCAUCUAUGCAGCUGUUAGCUAGAUAUUGCUCAAUAUUUUUGGAAUAAAAACUGUAGUUUUCAAGAUAUAUUCACUUGGGAUUGUCAGAAUACCCCAUUUUUUAAAUAGCUCACUGAAAUGUGCUCUUUGUGACUAUUGCUCAUUAUUCUGAUAGCUUGUUUUUGCAAUCUGAACCCAUAUUUCACAUUUUGAGCACCCCAUAAUGUUAUGCAAUAUCUUAUUAUUGAACGUAUGUGUGCAAAGUAUGUCAUUCUCUGGCAUUAACUAUUGCAUAUAGUGACUAAUAUUUGUAAGGCAUAGCAUGUUGUGCUAUUUUUUUCCCCCACCAUAUCCUAGAUCUAGAAAAAAGGCUACAUCCUGCAACAUUUGCCUUACAUAUAAUUGCAUCAACCACACAUAAGGAUGGCAUAAGACCUGCUUAUUUAGGAUAUUUCCAUGCACUUUUGUCUUACAGAGUCAUCUUUUGGGGCAACUAGCCCUUGGCAAAAAAGUUUUUAUUGCACAGAAGAGAGCUAUAUGAUCAUCAAAAUAAAAUAAGAGAAAUCAGAGCUCGAACAGAAAGGUUUAGGUGUUCGUUUUUCCCGCUCGCUGUUCGGGAGUGGAAUAGUAGAGAGAUAGUAUGAUUGUGGUUCGAUGAACCCUCUGCCAAGCACUUAAAUGUGAAUUGCAGAGUAGUCAUGCAUGUAGAUGAGUCAUGAAUGAUGUGGAACCAAGGCACUCAUGCAGGAAUCUGUUUAGGAAACUAAAGAUAUUUACAGUGAUAUCUCAGUACAUAUACUCUUGUAUGUUUCAUUAAUAAAAACCACUCUCUCUUCAAAACCACUAGUUAAUAUCAUGGUCACAGUAAAAGGUCAAAAGAGGACUCUGGUAGCAACCAGUAAAACUAUACCCUUGUACAGAAAGGGGUAAAUUAUACAGGCAUCAAAAUUUACCAUGCUCUACCCAGUGACAUCAAAGGUCUUGCUCCUGAAACACCAAAGUUCUAGAGCAAACUGAAAGAAUAUAUAAUACAAAAGUCAUUCUAUUCAAGUAAUGAAUUUUUAGUGCAUAGGAGCAAGUUUCUAUUAUACAACUGGUUUAGGUAUUCAAUGUAAGCAUAAAUGUAAAAUAUUUUUUGCUGUCAUGUUAUAUUGUUGCUUAAAUACUUUGAUAUUGUUAAUUUAAAUGUGUACACAUAAGUAUUAAUUCUGAUGUAUGUAAUAGGCCUAUAUUUUUAUGUCUUCUAGUGUUCCAUGUUGUUACUGUGAGUCUUGUCGUGAAUUAACCAUAUAUUGUGCUGCUGUAUUGUUAACAUUGAAAAAAUACUGACUUCUUCCAUAUCAUUGCAAGUUAAUUGCUAUCAGGAUCAAUGGCAUUCUCAAUACAAUAAAUAAAUGUCCCACACACACAAGAAUCAUCUCAUUUUUUGGGUCUAUAGAACGAAAUCUGAAUAUAAAUCUAAAUAAAUAAAUGCCCUUCAAAUGUUCACAGGCACGGGCUUUACUCAGAUUACAUUUUCUGAUCUAAGCUAGACCUUUCAUUGUGUAGAAUAUGUAUCAUAAAAGUUGGCAUUAUCAGAGACAACAGCCUACAACGUGUAUAAUAUCUAACCUACAGAAAUAUGAAAUACCUGUUUGUAUAUGUAAUGAGAACUCUGUGUUUGGACCUUUUUUGUUUCUGAUAAUGAUUAAUGACCUACUUUAGUUUCAUAAAUUUGACUACUGUAUUAUAUGCAGAAGAAACAACUUUCCUUCAGAGUAAAAACGAUCCCAAAGGUCUUUGAAAUUGUGUUGAAGAUACAACUACCAUCACAUCUUGUUGCUCUAAAGCAAAUGGAUUUUUGGUUAGUGAAAACAAAACAUAACAGAUGAUUUUUAGUUUAAAAAGCAAACUUCCUUGCUAUGACACUAGUGAUUUCAAAUUCUUGGGUGUAUGAUUAAUUAUUGUACACAAUAUGUAUGUAUAAUACAUUAAUGAUAAGAUGCCUAGAACCCAGUAUUUAUCUGUUAAGGUGUCAAAUGACUCGUGCAUCGGAAGUCUAUCUCACAAUGCCACAUUUUGCAAAGCAUUAUGUCAUGUAUUAAAAGUAUUGUCUUGCAGUGACGUUGACGGCAUCCUGUUAUUGGAGAAAAAGACCAUUAGAAUAAUUACUAAUUAUAGGGCACACUAUAAAUCUCUGACCACCGAGUAAACAAAUAAUGGUAUUAAUGUCUUUAAGCACUAUGGGACUUAUCAUCUCAGGUCAUUAGUCCCCUAGACUUAGAUCUAUUUAAACCUAACUAACUUAAGAACAUCACACAUAUCCAUGCCCGAGGCAGGAUUCGAACCUGCGAACGUAGCAGCCCGGCGCGGUUUCGGACUGAAGCGUCUAGGACCGCUCGGCCACAGCGGCCGACCCGAGCAAACAAUCAUGUCAGCAAUUAACUUAUAUAUGUUCUACGUUUUACUUUCUACGAAGAAGUUACCAGAAUUAAAACGCGAGAAAAUUCUAUGGUCACUGCACAAUAAACUUACCACAACAAACUAACAGCUAUGAGCUUAUAAGGCAUAAAAUAUUCAAUAAACUGCUGCCUAGUUGCGUAAGAUGUUUCAGAACUUCAAUUUAAAGACAGAAUAUGAGUCGCUAGUUGUCCACCCAUUCGUUGAGAUGAACAAAUACAAUACUAGCAAUUCCAUUUUGUAAUUUGUAAACCAACGAACAGUAUUUUUGUAUGUAUUAGUUCAACUAAUGUACUAUCCGUCUGACGUUAGCUACUGCUACUCUCGCCUAACCACAACUAAAUUAUUAUUAUUAUCUUUAUCGUGUUACCCCUAUAAAACUAUUGUAAAUAUUGCGAUAGCAAAACUGUUUGGUCCAAAUUGUCAGUCACAUUGCUUAUAUUGAUUUGCACGUCGAUGCGAAAAACACAACCAACCCUCCAUGCAAUUUCGAAACAAAUGAGACACCCGUUUGUUUUGUUGCGUUUACAGCUGACACACACCACUGCACUCCUUACUCUUCGUCACUCGUCUUGCUCAUUCAAAUACGUGAUGUCAUCAACAUAUUGACCAAUCACAGUGAGACUUCUAUUAUCUCAACCGUGUCACAGGCUGCAACUCUGACUCACGACAGUGACAGCAGUGUUUGGUAGGAAGUGGAGUGGCAGUGCGCUGCAGUGAAAGAAAGGUUUUGGAUGAAAAAGACCUGCUGGAUAUUCAGGGGUAAUUUAGGUGUACAAAAUGACUAGUAACUUGGACCAACAGAUUGCUAACUUAAAAAUCACUGAAAGUGAUCUGAAUACAAAUAGAAAAGUUGGGCCGGCAGUGCCACCGAAACCAAAGAAGCCACAGCCACAGGUUCCAAAAAGUUACUCUUUAAAGAAACCAAGUGAACCGUCCUACAGUACUCUCCUGCAAAAUGCAGGUGGUGGUCCAACAAGUUCAUCAGAUGACAAAAAUAGACUGUAUUCAAAUCUGGGACCAAAUAAGAGUGCACAAUCUCCAACAUACUCCAAUAUACUACCGCAACAUGCAGAAAAAGAAGCACAAGUUAUAUACAGUAAUAUAGACCACAGUCGGAAAGAUCAGAAUACAUAUUCAAACAUUCCUGCAUUUACUCAACCCAUCAGCAAUGCUGCUGAUGAUCUGCCACCUCCACCGGAGCCAUCAGAUUACAGUCAGUGCCACACAUCAAACUUCCCACCACCGCCUGAUGACUUACCUCCUCCUCCAUCACCUGUUAGUUCAAGCUAUUCAGAGCUGCGCAGGGCAAAUUACCAACCUGACUUUGGGACCUAUGGACCUUCAUCUCAGAGCUCUGCGUACGAAUCUAUAUAUGAACCUAUUAAUCCGCGGCCACCAAGCCAGAUGUCAUCUCGUUCCAACUAUUCUUUGUAUGCUCCUUACAUGAGUGGCUCACAAAACAAAUCAGAUGAAGCAAAUACAGCACCUUCGUUAGGAAAGGAAGCAGAAGUUGAUGCUUUGACUAAUUUACUAGUUCAAUCCAUGCACGAUUCCUCAGAUCCCGAUGACAUAUAUGGUGUGUGUACAGCCUGUGGACAAAAGGUGGUGGGAGAAGGAUCUGGAUGUACAGCCAUGGACCAAGUGUACCACAUUUCAUGCUUCACAUGUCAGCACUGUGCAAUCCAGUUACAAGGAAAACCUUUUUAUGCUCUUGAUGGGAAACCAUAUUGCGAAGAAGAUUAUUUGAACACACUCGAAAAAUGUUCUGUUUGCAUGAAACCUAUUUUGGACCGUAUAUUAAGAGCAACAGGAAAGCCAUACCAUCCACAAUGCUUCACUUGCAUAGUAUGUGGAAAAAGUCUAGAUGGUAUCCCUUUCACAGUUGAUGCAACAAACCAGAUACACUGCAUUGAAGAUUUUCAUAGGAAAUUUGCACCACGAUGCUGUGUCUGUGGUCUGCCUAUCAUGCCUGAACCUGGCCAAGAUGAAACUGUUCGUGUGGUGGCUUUGGAUCGAAGUUUCCAUAUAGCUUGUUACAAGUGUGAGGACUGCGGUCUCAUACUGUCUUCAGAAGCUGAGGGCCGUGGAUGUUACCCUCUGGAUGACCAUGUAUUAUGCAAAAGCUGCAAUGCUAAAAGAGUGCAGGCUCUUACAUCUCACAUGACUACUGAAUUGUAGAAUUAAAUGCUAGACUGCUCAGAGAAACUGAAUUUGAGUGUCAGGUUUUGGUUAAGCCAUAUGUUUUAUUUGUGAAAGUUUUGUGUGUCGGGGAGCAAAUAUCUAGUUCAUUGUAUUAAGUCUGUGAUAAAAAUAACCAAUGUAAAUUGCUUACAUACUGGGUGAUCCACAUGUGGCACAAUUUUUGAGAGCGCCUUCACUUAUUUUGUAGAUACGAGCAAUCACAUUUUAAACUGUUAACUCCGAAAUGAAUGAAACGCUGGAUACGUAACAAUUUUUAUUUAUAGCACUUCUGAUAAGUCUUCAAUGUUAAGCAAUGUGUGUGGUGAUAUUUGUUGAUCUACAUAUAGUACGUACUGAUCUUGAUUCGUGAUUUCCCUCCACUUUUCGCAAAUUGAACAUCUAAUUUUCAUUACUGUCAUUUUAAUGAUUAAUUAUGUGUGUUAAAUAUUGUUUAACACAUUUAUUAAAUUACGAAAGUGGCACUUUCAUAUGGCCACAAUGUGCAACAGACUGUUUUAAUGGUGCAUUGUAUUUCACAGUUCAUUCUGUUGAGGUCACUGUUUGUAGAAAGUAUUAACUGACUUGUGAUAUGUUAUGAUUGACUGAUAGUGUUGUAAAGCUCCCAGUUUCAUUUUAAGUUGUUAUUGUAAACCUGUGUGUCAUUUUUAUAGCAAAGUAUAGAUGUUGGUCAAUUGAGAGGCUAACGAGUUGAAAAAACUGAAAAUUUUCUCUCCAAGCUUUCAUUUGAUUUUGUUUAUGGCUAAUGUACAUUACUGAUUUUGCAAUCAAUCUUAGUGUUUUGUAAUUAAAGUUGCUCUGUAUUUUGAGACUUUAUGUGCACUUGUAAUUUCGUAAUGUGGACCCAUAGGGAUAUAAGUGUAUUUAGAUGAAAUGAAGUAGAAUUGUACUCAAAUUGUUCUACAGGUCAUUAGGUUCAAUAGCUAAGUUUAUAAUCAUUAUUUGACACAUCUUUGCAUAAAGCAUUUGCAUUCUGUUCGUGAUUUCAGCAAAAGUUAAUGUCCCCUAAUUUCAACAAAAGCUUGAUAAGUGAAUGGUUUUUCCACUGUAUUUGUCUCCUUUGUGUUGUAUAGAUGAUAAAUUUAUAAUUAUUGGCACAUAAUGAUUUGAUAUUAGAAUGAAUGGUGAUCUCUUGCAGUCAUAUAAAGAAAGACUGUUAGUUUGAGUAGUUUAAACAUGUUUAUGAAAUUUGGUGUCAUAUGUGAAUCACCCUCUAGAUAGUACUAAUAUAUUGAUGAGGGACUAGAACUGCAAUAUUUAUGGACGUGUUUUGAGAAACAUUGAAAUCUUGAGGCAACUGCUGCUUGCCGUUGUAGCAUAGUUAUCAUGUAAACAUCUUUUAUAUGAAUUAGUUUAAAAAAUCUGUUAUCAGUUUAUUGUGUUAUGAUCGUACAUGACUUACUUGCAAGAUAUUAUGUAUUUACUGUCGCCAAGGCAAGGCCCAAGUUGUGUUUUACAGGAGCUUAUUUUCCAAGUGCUGUUUUCCAAUACCUUCUUCAAAGUAAGCUUACCUACUGCUCACAGUAAUUAUGUAUAUAAGUUCUAGACCACUUACUUUUCUUUAUAGUAACUACUCUGUGUUCAUAUUGAUAUACUGAGCAGUUUCUGAACAGAGAGAAGGCUGGAUAUACUGGCAUACAGAUUUUCAGCUUCAUAAUACCGAUACAGUUUUUAAAAAUUCACUAGAGCUUGUAACAUUUUGAGUUGAAACUGUUACAAGGGACAUUAAGCUGAAUUUUACCUUUAAAAGAUCUUUUUGUAUCAUGUAUCAGUUUUAUAAUAUACCAGAAUAUUGUUAUGAAUGUAAAACUCUCACAUGUAUACACCAGAAUUUAUUUUAUUUGUCUCUUGUCGUGUAGAAGAUGUAAACUGUUCAUGCCCUAGAAUCACUGUGCAAAUUAAAUUUGGUGCAAAGUUUUUAAAUUUCAGUUGUUUGAAAUCUACUUUUAUUGUGGAGACACAUGACCAGAACAUGUGUGCAGUAAUAAUUGUGUGUUUUGUAUGCUGGUUGUGUCCCAUAUUGUGUUAGAGAUCAAAAUAUAUAGUAUAGUGAGUAAUAUUAUUGUCUCUGUGCCAGUGGUAUUCGUUCUACUUUGGGGUUAGUCUGUAAAGGAAUACCAAAGAUGCAAACACACAGUAAAUAUGACUAACAAUUGUGAAAAGUGAGCGAUUGCUGCACAUUGUUUAAAUACAGUAUAUUGUACUAUGUGUGAAUGGAAAUUUUAGAAUCAUUCUCUAUGCCCUUCAGUGAAUGUGAAUUAUUAGCUCCCAUUAAACAAAUAUUGCAAUGCUCAUGAGAACAUAAUUUCAAGUUUUAAGAUUGAAUGUCUGGAUUCUAAUGACAAGAUUCACGAAUCGGAAUUAAAUUAUAAAUACAGUCCCCCCCCAAAGGACCAUAAAAUUUAACUGACACAAACCUUUCCUGAAACAACAGCAAUAUAGUUUAGACUACAUUUUGUAGGAAUGUGAGAUUGUGCUCUAGAUGUGAAUUUGUGAAUUUGUGUGUGUGUGUGUGUGUGUGUGUGUGUGUGUGUGUGUGUGUGUGUGUGUGUGUGUGUGUGUGUGAGAGAGAGAGAGAGAGAGAGAGAGAGAGAGAGAGAGAGAGAGAGAGAGAUUCCUCAAAGACAGAAAAAUGUUUUAUACUACUCAGUGGUAUAGAAAUAUGCUAAUUUUUGUAGUUUCAUUUACAAUCAUAUUUUUUUCCAUAAAGACGUAACUGUCAUUUAUAAAUGACAUUAGUAUAAGUUGCUAUCAUUCCAAAUAUGCACACAUUGUAAGGGAAGUUACUCUAAUUCAGUUCAUUCUUCACAUAUUUACGUGGUACUAUUUUUGCAUGUCACACAAAACAACUUCCUUUCUAAUUUGUUAUUGGUUUGUAACUGCUAGACUGGAUUUGCGACUUGCUUUCAGUGUGCUUUCCAUUGCAAGCAUGCGAGUUACCCUCUGUGGGCAGCAUUCCUUGUAAUAAUCCCUCCAUAGGUAGAGGCUUUUUUAUAUGUAAUCUUGUUGACUGUAUAUUAAUAAUUGUGUAGAAAUUAUAGUUUCAUGUAAUUUUUUAUGAUUCUGUGUCAUACAGAGAUAAUUUACUACGUGAAAAAUUUUCUAAGGGUUGUUCACUUCAUGAGUUUUCUAAUGAAAAAAAUAAAUAUUGUAAAAAUAGCAAACAGAUGUAAGAGAAAGAUGCACAUACAGUAGAUCUUUCACCACAAUGGUUUCAUUUUUAAGGAAGUGGACAUUUUACAUUUGACAUAAUGGUCUUAGCAUGAAACAGUUGCUCAGUCUUUCUUUUUAUUAUGUGUAAAUCUUUUGUAAACUUUGUGAAGUUUGCCAUAUUCAGAUAGUUCCCAAGUAUGUUUUGUGUAAGUUUUUUCUUUUUUUCUCAACUGUUGUUCACUUAGAAUAAAAUUGUCUAGUCUAGAGCUCAGUGAAAUUAAGAAGGGAAACUGAAAUUACUCAUUGUUUAUAUCACUGAAUCGUUAAUUGUGAUAUACUCUUUGUUCUGAAUAAAAGAUAUAUUAUAUACACACAUAA